UGCAUCCAUAAACUUUUCUCUUGCCUCCAAAUCCAAAUCGCUCUCUUUGUCACGGCUCAUAUUUCUUUCUCGAAACUUCUUGUAGAUUUUUCACACAGAGUGAUCGCAGGCAGAGAGAGAGAGUGGUGGUGCAGAGCGAGGGAGUGUGGAAGAGGUGGCAGAAGAAGGAGCGAAUUGCUGUAUGUCAGUAGAAUAUUGCAUAGAGACCUUUUGCGGUGGAUUUGGUGAACUCGUGAACCCCUUGCAAUGGCCUCAGCUCCGCAAAAAGCGACGCCCUGUUGUCUUCCUAAAACCGACUCCGCUCCCGUUCCCCGUAAGGCCGCUCCAGAUUGGAACGUUGUUUCGGCCGAUCUUGGUGACGAUCGAGCAGUCGAGAAAGCUUCCAUCUCCUCCUUGAUUCGUCCAGUCGAUUCGCGUCCUGAACCUUCUGCUAAGGCCUCUGCUAAAGGAGUCCCAAUCAUGUUAAGGGCACAGACCAGCCAUCCUUUGGAUCCUCUAUCUGCUGCUGAAAUCGCUGUGGCAGUGGCUACUGUGAGAGCUGCUGGAUCUACUCCUGAGGUCAGAGAUAGCAUGCGCUUUAUUGAGAUUGUUUUGCUUGAACCAGAAAAGCAUGUUGUUGCACUGGCAGAUGCAUAUUUCUUCCCUCCUUUCCAACCAUCAUUACUUCCCAAGACAAAAGGUGGGCAUGUAAUUCCUAGCAAACUGCCUCCAAGGCGAGCAAGACUUAUUGUUUACAACAAAAAGUCAAAUGAAACCAGCAUAUGGAUUGUUGAACUAUCGGAAGUACAUGCAGUGACCCGAGGUGGACAUCAUAGAGGCAAAGUAAUUGCAUCACAAGUUGUUCCAGAUGUCCAGCCUCCAAUGGAUGCGGCAGAAUAUGCUGAAUGCGAAGCUGUAGUGAAAGACUUUCCUCCAUUUAAAGAGGCAAUGAGGAGGAGGGGCAUUGAGGAUAUGGAACUUGUUAUGGUUGAUCCUUGGUGUGUUGGUUAUCACAGUGAUGCUGAUGCCCCAAGCCGUAGACUUGCUAAACCACUUAUAUUUUGUAGAACUGAGAGUGACUGCCCCAUGGAAAAUGGUUAUGCACGUCCAGUUGAGGGCAUCUAUGUACUUGUUGAUAUGCAAAACAUGAAGGUUAUUGAGUUUGAAGAUCGCAAGCUUGUUCCCCUGCCUCCAGCUGAUCCGUUAAGGAAUUAUACUCCCGGUGAAACUAGAGGUGGUGUUGAUCGAAGUGAUGUGAAGCCUUUACAGAUUGUUCAACCCGAAGGUCCAAGUUUUCGUGUUAGUGGGUACUUUAUAGAAUGGCAGAAGUGGAAUUUCCGCAUUGGGUUUACACCGAGGGAAGGUUUGGUUAUAUACUCUGUUGCAUACACUGAUGGCAGUCGGGGUCGAAGGCCUGUUGCCCACAGGUUAAGUUUUGUGGAGAUGGUUGUGCCUUAUGGAGAUCCAAAUGAUCCACACUACAGAAAGAAUGCUUUCGAUGCAGGGGAAGAUGGUCUUGGUAAAAAUGCGCAUUCUCUUAAGAAGGGGUGUGAUUGUUUGGGCUAUAUUAAAUACUUUGAUGCCCAUUUUACAGAUUUCACUGGUGGAGUUGAAACCAUUGAAAAUUGUGUUUGUUUGCAUGAGGAAGAUCAUGGAAUUCUAUGGAAGCAUCAAGACUGGAGAACAGGUUUAGCCGAAGUACGGAGGUCUAGACGGUUAACAGUGUCGUUCAUUUGUACUGUGGCGAAUUACGAGUAUGGAUUCUAUUGGCACUUCUAUCAGGAUGGAAAAAUUGAAGCUGAAGUUAAACUUACUGGAAUUCUCAGCUUAGGAGCACUACAACCUGGGGAAACUCGAAAAUAUGGUACAACUAUUGCUCCAGGUUUAUAUGCACCUGUUCAUCAACACUUCUUUGUUGCUCGUAUGGACAUGUCUGUUGAUUGCAGACCUGGUGAAGCUUUUAAUCAGGUUGUAGAGGUCGAUGUUAAAGUUGAGGAACCUGGUGAGAACAAUGUCCACAGUAAUGCGUUUUAUGCUGAGGAGAUGCUCCUCAAAUCUGAAUUGCAAGCAAUGCGCAAUUGUAAUCCUCUAACAGCUCGCCAUUGGAUUGUUAGGAACACAAGGACAGUAAACAGGACUGGACAGUUAACUGGCUACAAAUUAGUACCCGGUUCAAAUUGCUUGCCUUUAGCUGGUUCCGAGGCGAAGUUCUUAAGAAGAGCUGCUUUCUUGAAGCAUAAUCUUUGGGUGACUGCUUAUGCGCGUGAUGAAAUGUUUCCUGGAGGAGAGUUUCCAAAUCAGAAUCCUCGUGUGGCUGAAGGAUUAUCCACAUGGGUUAAGCAGAAUCGACCAUUAGAAGAAACUGACGUGGUACUUUGGUAUGUUUUUGGGGUCACACAUGUACCUCGAUUAGAAGAUUGGCCUGUUAUGCCAGUGGAGCGCAUUGGAUUUAUGCUUGUGCCACAUGGAUUUUUCAACUGCUCUCCUGCCGUGGAUGUUCCGCCCAGUACGUGCAGAUUAGAUGCAAAAGACAGCGAUGUCAAGGACACUGAGGUGGCCAAGCCCAUUGAAAAUGAAUUGCUCGCAAAGCUUUGAUGUCUCUUACGUUAAGUGUUACUACAACUAGCAUGGAAUGAAAUCUCUAACAUUUUCCCGAUGAUCCGUCCAACUUGUUCAGAUUCAGUAACAUCACGUACCCACAAUGAGUAAGACAGUUUGCACAGUAGUAACUUUGAGUUUGACUGCUGAUUGGUUUGUUUCUGGGAAAGAAUGUUUAUGGUAGUGCCGAUGUAACUAGGCAUAUGUCUAUCACUGUCGAAUUUAAUAACCCUGGCCCGCGGCUCAGCGGCUUCAUGGAUCAUCUUUUCAUUUGUGUUUUUUAACCUAUGACUGUGGUGUGAAAUCAUUCGUGUUUCUAUUUGUUUAGUGCAUGGUGUGUAAUGUAAUUAUGUCAGAACUGCUUCUCUUUUGCAAGUUUUGUUUGUUAAUUUGGUUUCUUGACU